CAUUCAUUCAUAAUUAAUUAAUUAAAAACAAAAUAGUAAAGAAAUAAACAAAACUGUUUCCUUUUAAAAUCGAAUGAUUAGUAUAAAAAUACGGUUUAAAUAUGGUUAAAAUAAAUUGAGAGAAAACCACCAAAGAUUGUAAAGGAAAAUCAGCAACAACAAAUUGUUUUGUUUUAUUUGGUAAAUUUUGGAAUUUUUAAUUUUACUCUAGUCCUCUGGAAUGUGUUUCAUUUAUUCUAUCAUGAGAAGUGUAAAGUGAAUUAUCACAAUAUCGGAAGCAGUGCCAAGCGGCUGCAACAACAAACCAAUAACACUCAAACACUCCGAAAAACAUUGAAGUUUUUAAAUUGGGAGUUUUAUUUUUGUGUGUUCUCAACACCACGAUGAAUUUAGUGGUAUAGUAACUGUGCAGAUUUUAAAAAUCAAUGAAAAAUUUGAAAUUGAAAUAAAUAAAGAGAUAAAAUAACAAAAAUGAAUUGAGAUAAGGAGCAUCCCCCAACAUCCCAUUCGUCGACGUCGCCGCUGGUAGAUGGCUUUUAUUAUACGGAAGCUACUAUAAAAGAAAUCCACACCCCCACUUGUCGGUCGGGCUUGUUUAUCGGUUAUUCGGUCGGGUUUGCUUUUCGGUUGUGCUUCCUUUUUAUUUUUUGUUUGCCUGCUGCGAGUUGAUGCGGUUGCCAACAUACGCCUGUGAAUCUUCUCUUUUAAAUGUUUUAAACAAUUCUAGCCGUCAGCAUCUGCAUACAUACAUAUAUGUAUCUAACAAUAAUUCUUUGGUGUUUUAGGCCUUCUCUGUUUAUAAUGUCAACAAAUGAGAUGAAAAUAAAUGUAUUGUGAGAAGUUGUGUAGUGCUUGUUAGUUAAUAAGAAGAAAAAAUCUUCAAGAUAAAUUCCAAACAGCAAAAACGGACACAAUCAAAAAAAGUAUUGUGGCAAUUGUGAUAUUGUGCCAUAUUUAUUGGGUUGGAAUGCCCUUAGAUAAACGAGUCGUGGUGCUCUGAUGUUAAAAGUCGAAUUUACCAUGUGAUUAAUACCCUGCUCAACUCCUUUGCCGUUCUCGCUUCAAUUUUGUCACCUAUCAUUUGCUGGAUUCACAAGUUGUUUUAUGUGUUCAAGAAUCCCUAAUUUCACUGUUUUUUGCAUUUGGUUUUUGCGAAAGGGACUCUUAAGGCUCUAUAUUGCACCCAGAUCCAUCGGCUGAAUCCGCGACGUACAAUUUCAUGGGAAACACCUUAGGCAUCUUUUUUCUGCAUUCGACAAUUUUUUGACUUUCCGCUUCAAAAACCACUCACUGUUUGGAGUCAAAAAAAUCACAUUUCUAUAAUUUUUUGGAUUGAAUUGUUUUCAUCAGGUCUCUAGUUUUGAAAUUUCGAUUUAAAGGACAAGGAAUCAAAGCAACCAGAUCUUUUUGGGCUAUAUUUAAGGACGAAGAUGUCAAUUUCAACUCAGAUGAUGUAUAAAUUAAAUCACAUGUGCUCAUCAGUAGACAGUUUUAUUUAAUCGUCAAAUAAAAUUUACAAACAAGGCAAGGCCGUAGCGUUGAGCGCCAUAGGUUCAUCUAUUCUAAUAAAGAAUACACAUCUUAAGGAAAGGAAGGUGGAUAAUUGCAAUUACCUGCAAUGCGGUACCAGAAAACUCGUAAAAAAUUUCCCAAAUUCAACAACAACUGCAGCAACAAAAUUUACAAUUACAGCACUACAGCAUUAGCAAUAAAAAUCAACAAAUAUCGAUUAAGGACACUAUCAUUAUCAUCAUCGCACAACAAAAUAAGUACAAAAUUUAAGUAUACUUAGUAAGGUUUUAUUUUUCAUUAGUAACUAGACUUACUAGACUACAACAAAACUGUACUAAAACUACUAAAUUGGAAUCCAAAACAAAACAUCAGGGGGGAGAGAUAGAAGCGUACGGAAACGUACAACUAACCAAAGUAACCAGUAAUAGACCAACUCAACAACAACAGAACGCAUUCAAUAGAUCCUAACACACAAGUGCGGUAGAACUCAGGAACUUAGAGAGGUCAUGUUCGAAAGGCCACCCAUUUGGGUUGUAAUUGUUGGCCUUAAUGUCUGUGUCCUGAUAUGGUUGAUCACAGUGCAAGAACCGGUGAUGUACGAUGCCUCUACCUCGAUUAUAAGUAGUGGCAAUAACAACAACAUCAAUUUGAAUCAAGGCAGCGCUGUAACAACACUGCAACAUGCUGGAGGACGAGCCGAUCGUGACAUAAAAGAAGCACCAGAUGUCGGUAGACACCAUCGACCAUUCGGUGAGUUUGCUGCCUUAACCUUGAACAGCAGUUCCAAUGCGAGCAUAGCGUUUGCAAACUCUAACAACCGCACAGAUGAGUUGGUCGGGGGUAGCACCACAAAUGCCAUAGACUUGUCCUCGUCACUGGACCUUCACUCAUUGACAUCUAGUCUGGGAACAGGAGUUCUCAAAGCAAAACAGAAACCCACUCCAUCGUGGAUAAAGACGACUGCUGUCUCUUCAGCACUGCCGGAAGAAGACUUUAAUCAAUUGAUAGAUUUACACGACUUCCAUUAUAUUGUGCCGCAACCGGUAUGCAGCUCUGACAUUGAAGCACUGAUUCUGGUGCAUUCAGCCCCCAGGAACAAUGAGAAACGCCAAAUAAUAAGAGAGACUUGGGCUAGUAUUGGCCAUCACAUGGUCGAGUCCCCCCUGAGAGUUCUAUUUCUGUUGGGCUAUGUCAAUGAUGACGCCUUGCAGUGGGACAUCUACAAGGAAAACUCCCAGUUCGGGGAUGUGAUACAGGGCUCCUUUGUGGAUGACUAUCGCAAUAUGACCUACAAGCAUGUGAUGGCCUUCAAGUGGUUUCUCUACAACUGUGCCACAGCCCAGAUCCUCAUUAAAGUGGAUGAUGAUGUCUAUGUUAAUACGCCGCAGUUGAUGAAAUAUCUCAAAGAUGAAUCACAGCAGCAGCAGCAGCAAGAAUCAGGGGAGAGACCAAGCAUCCAAGAGGAUGAGCAAGAAAGUGAAUAUAAUCCCACCAUCAUAACUUUAGAUGAUACAACAAAAACAACAACAACAACAAUAAAGUCCACCAACAAAAAUUCAAUUUUUGACACUUUGAAGAAUUAUGCAAAAAGUCUAAUAGAGCCACCAUCAGAAUCAUCGCAAUCAUCCACCACCUCAAAAAACUCAAAGUUUAUACCAUCGGCGGAACUAUUCCAACGACCCCAAAAUUUACUCUUUUGCCAGAAAAUAAUUGGAUCUAUGGUCAAACGUUCCUAUCGUUCCAAGUGGCGCGUCAGCUUCAAAGAAUACUCCGAACGUUAUUAUCCGCCCUAUUGUCCCGGCUAUGCCAUCAUCUACUCCCCCGAUGUGGUCUUCCGUUUAUAUACCGCCGCCCAAAAGUUCAAAUACUUUUGGAUCGAUGAUGUCCACAUAACCGGUGUUCUGGCCCAACAAACCAACACAACAAUAACCACCUCAUCACAUUAUGUUCUCUAUAGUGACGAAUGUGAACGUCUAUUGACGGGCAAGACUGAUCUCAAAGACAUGGAAUUUUUAUUCGCCUGGCACAGUAUAUCGCCGCAACAAGUCAAAGCCAUCUGGCAGCUGCAAAUGUUAUCCCUGCCCCCCACACCGUACGAUGAUCCACAGCACUACAGGAAACGCAGAAAGAGGAAAAAGACGCGACGGCGACAACAGAACCUCACUGGAAGAGUAGCCUACAACAUAAGCAAUUACAUAACGCCAGAAGGUUUUAGAUAGUAGACUUCCAAGGCAUCUAGGAUGGAGAAUUUUUGAAACCCCCCCCUCCCAAAAACUAGGACGAUGAGAGAAGCCGCAGUUGGAGAAAAACGAAAGAAAGAAAAAAACGCUUACACUAGUUUAGGUUUAUUACGUAUUAAUGAUGAUAUAUCGUGAGAUGUGACAGAAGGUUCAUUUUUUUUAAUUUGUUUUAAAUUUGUAAAAAACCCCCACAGGAACCACUGGCUUUAUUUAUUUUUUGUUUGUUUUUAUUUUAAUUUUUUAAUAUUUUUACCUAGAAAUAAUUUAAUUUGUGAAUUAUAAAGAGAAGAAAGAAAAAAAAAAGAUUUGUAUAAAAAAUGAUUUAUAAAUCAAAUUAAUAAAUUUUGAUGAAUGUUGUAUGUGGAAUAAAUUAAAUAUUAAAUAAAAAAACAACUGUUGGGAUUUCUGACAAAGAUA